CUGCUCGGCUUUGACAGCGUGUGACACACAGCAGGUGGCACCAACAUGUUCCUUGUGUGAAGGAAUGGAUUCACAUGAAAGCUGGGAAACCUUCAUCAAGGAAUAAGUAUCGUUCAGGCCGAAUACCUUUAAACAGAGUUAAGGACGGAAUCGGAAGACAGGAACCCUGUUAUUCAUGCAUGCUUGGUGGGAUCGAACCACCUGAAAUAUGACGUGUCAUUGCCUACUGGCCGCAAACUGGAUGCUCGGAGGAAACUAAUCCAGACAUGGAGCCUUCUCUCUUCACCAGAUGAAGCCCGUGCCAUUGGCUGGACUAUAGGGUGUCCCCCCACUGAGCAGCCUGGACGGACUGGAGCUCGAGCCCGCUCCGUUAAGAGAGACUGCGGGGACGGUCGCGACCACCGGGAUGUCUUCACGUAACGCUCGUUUCAGUGUUGACCGGUGCUUGUCGGUAGCUCGGUGGCCAACGCGGCGGCAGAAGGCUCUGACGGCUUCGAGGUCAACUUGAAGAUUAACCGUAUCCGUCCGGUAAGAGUCCGUGAAAGGCUUCUCGCUAGCGCAGGCGGCUAGUCGUACCUCUCGGCUGCUCGGCCCUGGAGUGGGACGUGCCAUGCACGCUGGCUGGAGAUGAGAAUGAAACCCAGUCGCCAAUUCUUCCUGGGCCUGUGCUCCAUGCUGACCCUGGGAUUCCUCUACUAUUCAGGGAGGAUCAGCUUACGAGGCUUGGGCUACGAUUCCUUGUAUGACCAACAAGGGUUCCUUCGGAAGCUGGAUGGUGUUAGUUUGCCGUUGGAGCUGAUGUACAAGUAUGGCAAUCUAAGCGAGGGAGCCUGUAAGCCUGGGUUUGCAGCUGCCAAGAUGACCGCCAUUUAUCCAAAGUUCACCAAACUGGCACCAAUGUUCCUCAACCCAAACUACAAACGAUUUUUCAAGAUCGGUGAUUAUUCCCCCCCAUUUGGUGUCAAAUCACAAGAGAAGAUCAUAGAUAUUCUCCUGUCCGCUACUAAGAGCUACGGGCUUGGUGAAGAACUCGACAGCGCGAACUGUAAGACGUGCAUCGUCGUAGGGAACGGAGGAAUCCUGGCCAACAGGUCCCUGGGACCGAGGAUCGAUGAGUUCGAUGUGGUGGUCAGGUUGAACGAGGCUCCGGUGAGAGGCUUCGAGAGGGAUGUCGGCUCCAAGACCACCAUGAGGAUCACCUACCCAGAGGGGGCCAUCCAAAAGACCGAGCGCUAUGAGGCUCAGUCCCUGUUCGUCCUCUCCGCCUUUAAAGCUCUGGACUUCAAGUGGCUGCGACACAUGGUCUUCAACCAGAGGCUGCGCAGCACUGAUGGGUUCUGGAAGUCGGUGGCCAGGUACGUUCCAAGGGACCCCGGCGACAUGCGCAUCCUGAACCCCUACUUCAUCCAGGAGGCCUCCUUCAAGCUCAUUGGCCUACCUCACAACAAGGGACAGAUGGGCAGAGGGAAUAUUCCGACCCUGGGGGCGGUCGCCAUAACAAUGGCCCUUCAUAACUGUGAUGAAGUAGCGGUGGCUGGAUUCGGCUACAACAUGAGCACCCCCCACGCCCCUCUGCACUACUAUGAGAAGAUCAGAAUGGCGGCUAUCAAAGAGUCCUGGACCCACAACAUAUCUAGAGAGAAGGAGUUCCUGCUGAAGCUGGUGAAGGCUGGAGUCAUCCAGGACUUGACCAACGGGAUCUGCAGUGCAGGAUGCUGAUGGUCCUCGCUCAGCAUCACGAUGGAUGGAUGCAGCACUGUGCUCACCUUCCACCUGCUCCAGCGCCUGAGAAAGAGAAACUCAAGGCUCUGUAGGCCGUGUUCCCAGCAGAGAGCAGCAGCUGGUCAGUGCUGAGAGACUGUGUUUAAAUGAGGCUCAUUGACUACAACACAUUGCCCCAGUGUUGUAUAUUAACAUAUUGUAAGCAAUUGGCCUCUGUAUUUAGCUUGUCCUAGUUGCAGGUUUAUGUAUAUUUACAUGGAUUUGGUGCCCUGGCUCAAAGGGGUAAGUCCCCAGUGAUGGGGUCCAGGCUGCCCUCCUACUAGAACGACUGCAGGAUGAAGAUGUUGGGUUUAAGUAUUGAGCCUGUGCCAAGUUUACCUCGACAAGUGUCCUUCUGCUCACACCUCUGAAUGUAAUCUGCAUCAAACGUAUAGUCUCAUUUUAAAACGUUUUUUUUAAUGUCUUCCAGUUUCUGCGUUAAACAGGGUGCACGACACCAGACACCCGUGGGUAGACCCACACUAUAUCUGAGCAACAUGGCAAUAACCAGAGCUCGUCAGUCAGUAUGAAGCAAGAAGGCUGGAGAAUGCAUGAACACCGUUUUGCAUGAACACAUAUUUAUUGGCUUCACUAAUGUUUAUGAUAAGAUGCAUUUAAUUUGCUACUGACUUUGUCCUAACAUAUACUGUCGCUCUAAAGUGUGGAAUAAGCUGGUAAAUUGAUGUUGUUGUUCUGUCCUUCAAUAAUAACUAGUAUAACGGAUAAGCACGGUAUAAUUUAGACACUAAAUGUAUAAUUUACAUUUAAAGUAGCUUUGGCCCCAAAAGAUAAAGGACGAAGGGAUUAAGCUUCCAUUUAGUCCACGUCCCCCCUGUUUUGCAUGACAGGAAGAUUUGUUGGAACCUGGAUCGUAAUGCUUUUUCCAGGACAGAAAAGGAAAGUGUCACCUUUUGAUCAUUAUUGAAACACAAUACUGCAAUUGGGCUCUUUGGGUGAAUAUUGAAUUUGUUUGUUGUUCUUUGGACAUUUUUUGGUGCCCUGGUAAGAAUGUGUACUGGAUCGCAUCUCGGCCGAAAAUGAUCUGCUUGCAUGACUGAUAUGUGAAUCAUAUCACAACCUAUCACAUAGGUUAGCUGGAUUUGGUUGUGGGGGAUUUGACACGUCUGGAAUUUUCCAAUUCUUCAACGUUCACACAGAAUUACUUUUCAGCUGUUGCCAUAGCAACACGUUGUGACACGGUCAAGGUGAACCCCAAACAUGAAGUCAGUUUGAGAUACAAAUGACUUAUCAUUAUGGUCAUCAAUUCAGAUUUUAUAUAAAAUUCUUAGGCUGUGUUGGGACAGCAUUUAUAUAGCGCUUUUCUAGUCAUUAUGACCCCUCAAAGUCACCUAUGGUGUCCCCCAGGGUUCAGCACUUGGUUCCCUUCUCGUCAUCCUCCACACGCUACCACAUGGACAGAUCCUCCACCUCUAUUGCCUUCAGUUGCACUGUUAUGCUGAUGAGAACUUUACCUCUCCUCCAAGACCAUCACUGCUGCCCCAUGUCAAGCGCAUUACCAAAACGGCCUUUCUCCACCUUCGUAACGUAACAAGGCUCUCAACAAACUGUCUUCCCCCGACCUCUCUGACCUCUUCCAUCAGCACGUUCCCUCCCCAUGCCUCAGGGACGUUGAUUUCAACCUCCUGCAACCUUUGAGGACCGAGCGCCAAACCUGGUGUGACGGGGUGUUUACAGUGGACGCCUCCCUCUCUGGGACAUUUUACAAAACCACAUAAAAAAUGCCAUUGCAUCGUCGACAAUCAAAGAGGUCCUCAUUCUAAUCUUAGCUUCAUUUAAUCUUUUUCUUUUGUCUGUAUUAAAACAUGUACUGCUUA